AUGGAGUUGGGAAUCAUGCUUAUGUCCCUAGACAGCAUGGGAAACACAAAGACUCAGGUCUGCAGAUCAGGAGAUGUGACCAGGAUUGCCACAUCAGGAUCAGGACUUGGGAUUCCACCAGCCAAGGCUAGGAACAGACAUCUUCUUCCUCUUGGCAUCAUGGUCUUUUCCGUCACACUGUUUCUGAUUGUCCUGGGGUGCUUGAUUCUGGCUGUCUUGACCACCUUCAAGGAGUAUGAGACCGUCUCAGGAGACUGGCUUCUGUUGCUGGAAACGUUUGCCAUUUUCAUCUUUGGAGCAGAGUUUGCUUUGCGGAUUUGGGCUGCAGGAUGUUGCUGUCGAUACAAAGGCUGGCGGGGACGGCUGAAGUUUGCCAGGAAGCCCCUGUGCAUGUUGGACAUCUUUGUGUUGAUUGCCUCUGUGCCUGUGGUUGCCGUGGGAAACCAGGGCAAUGUCCUGGCCACCUCCCUGCGAAGCCUGCGCUUCCUGCAGAUCCUGCGAAUGCUACGGAUGGACCGGAGGGGUGGCACCUGGAAGCUCCUGGGCUCGGCCAUCUGUGCCCACAGCAAAGAACUCAUCACUGCCUGGUACAUCGGUUUCCUGACACUCAUCCUUUCUUCAUUUCUUGUCUACCUGGUUGAGAAAGAUGUGCCGGAGGUGGAUGCCCAAGGAGAGGAGAUGAAAGAGGAGUUUGAGACCUAUGCAGAUGCCCUUUGGUGGGGUCUGAUCACACUGGCUACCAUUGGCUAUGGAGAUAAGACCCCCAAAACGUGGGAAGGCCGUCUGAUUGCUGCCACCUUUUCCUUAAUCGGAGUCUCCUUUUUUGCCCUUCCAGCGGGCAUCCUGGGGUCCGGGCUGGCACUCAAGGUGCAGGAGCAACAUCGUCAGAAGCACUUUGAGAAAAGGAGGAAGCCAGCUGCUGAGCUCAUUCAGGCUGCCUGGAGGUAUUAUGCUACCAACCCCAACAGAAUUGACCUGGUGGCAACAUGGAGGUUUUAUGAAUCCAUUGUCUCUUUUCCAUUCUUCAGGAAAGAACAGCUAGAGGCAGCAGCCAGCCAAAAGCUGGGUCUCUUGGAUCGGGUUCGCCUUUCUAAUCCUCGUGGUAGCAAUACUAAAGGAAAGCUAUUUACCCCUCUGAAUGUAGAUGCCAUAGAAGAAAGUCCUUCUAAAGAACCAAAGCCUGUUGGCUUAAACAAUAAAGAGCGUUUCCGCACCGCCUUCCGCAUGAAAGCCUACGCUUUCUGGCAGAGUUCCGAAGAUGCCGGAACAGUUGAUCCCAUGGCAGAAGACAGGGGCUAUGGGAAUGACUUCCUUAUCGAAGACAUGAUCCCCACCCUGAAGGCCGCCAUCCGUGCUGUCAGAAUUCUACAAUUCCGUCUCUAUAAAAAAAAAUUUAAGGAGACUUUGAGGCCUUACGACGUGAAGGAUGUGAUCGAGCAGUAUUCCGCAGGACAUCUAGACAUGCUUUCCAGGAUAAAGUAUCUUCAAACGAGAAUAGAUAUGAUUUUCACCCCUGGACCUCCCUCCACGCCAAAACACAAGAAGUCUCAGAAAGGGGCAGCAUUCACCUACCCAUCCCAGCAAUCUCCCAGGAAUGAACCAUAUGUAGCCAGGGCAUCCACAUCAGAAACUGAAGACCAAAGCAUGAUGGGGAAGUUUGUAAAGGUUGAAAGACAGGUUCAGGACAUGGGGAAGAAGCUAGAUUUCCUUGUAGAUAUGCACAUGCAGCACAUGGAACGACUGCAGGUACAAGUCGCAGAGUAUUACCCGACCAAGAAAACCUCCUCGCCAGCUGAAGUGGAGAAGAAGGAGGACAACAGGUAUUCUGAUUUGAAAACCAUCGUCUGCAACUAUUCUGAGACAGCGCCCCCUGAUCCCCCCUACAGCUUCCACCAGGUGCCCAUCGACAAAGUCGGCCCCUACGGGUUUUUUGCACAUGACCCCGUGAACCUGCCCCGAGGAGGACCCAGUUCUGGAAAGGUUCCAACAACUCUUCCUUCCUCGGCCACUCCAUACGCAGAGAGGCCCACCGUCCUGCCUAUCUUGACUCUUUUUGACUCCCGAGUGAGCUGCCACUCCCAAGCUGAACUGCAGGGUCCCUACUCGGACCGAAUCUCUCCCCGGCAGAGACGCAGCCUCACACGGGACAGCGACACGCCUCUGUCCCUUAUGUCGGUCAACCACGAGGAGCUGGAGCGGUCUCCGAGUGGCUUCAGCAUCUCCCAGGACAGAGACGAUUACAUGUUUGGCCCCAGCGGAGGGUCAAGCUGGAUGAGGGAGAAGCGGUUCCUCGCUGAGGGUGAGACAGACACAGACACGGACCCCUUCACGCCCAGUGGCUCCAUGCCUCUGUCGUCCACGGGGGAUGGGAUUUCUGAUUCAGUAUGGACCCCUUCCAACAAGCCCACUUAAAAGAGGUCACUGGUUGACUCCUCCUUGUAAUGUAGACAGACUUUGUACAGCUCACUUACUCUCACACCCGUCACUUACCAGCGGGGACACCAAUGGCUGCAUCAGACGCAUGCAUGUGCGUGGUGGCUCCCACACAGGCAGGGGCUUCCCACCACCUUCUUUCUCCCCAUGUCACCACAAUGAAGAGCUUCCUUUUCAGCAUGGUUUGCAUGACUUUACACUAUAUAAAUGGUACCACUAAUCUCUUCUAGGAUACAUAUUUAUCUGCUGUUCUUACUUUUAAUCAUGAUUGAACCGGGACAGGGAGAAAUUGAUGAGCUGUGCUAUUUUUCUGUUUGGUUGGCUGAUUUGGAUUUUGGUUUGGUAAGCAAAGAAAGCAGUUUAAGUUACUUCUAGGAUCAUUACCCCCUUGUGUAAAACACUCCAGUGAUUAACUGUUUUCCAAAGUAAGGAAAUAAUAUCCUCAGCAAAAUCAUAUUGUGUAUCCAUGAAACUGCCUACUGAACUAACAUUAGGAGAGGAACGAGAUAGUCACAUCUCCAAAACAAAGAAUUUAAACAAAUAUUUUAUUCAAGAAAACCUGGCAAAAUCACUUAAAAGCUCUCAAAAAGACCUCACUUGGUCUGCCAUUGUUUAGUAUUGUGCCUCAGUUUCCUUGUCUGUAAAAGGUGGUGGUUAUCCCAAGUGUAGCAUUUAUGAUGAGUACUGAAUUGGCAGAGAGAAAGUAGACAGAUGUGUGUAUACACACAUACAAGUUAAAAUAAUUUUCAAUUUAUGUAGUCAUAAAUUGAAUUUGUCAGAAGUGGAGUGCCCCUCUGGGCAGGAGCUAAGUUCAGUGCCUUUGGAAUGAGGUUCCAACUCACAUCUGUCCCCACGAUACAUAAGUACAAAA